UGUACAUCGGACGCGUCAAGCGGUAAACAACAUGGUGGACUGCACCGAUCAGUGCGAACAUAUCACACCGUUCCUGUGAUAAAAAAAACAUCAUUUCUCUUCAUAACUUUGCCCACCUGUUACGACGAAGAAAAGGACUCCCACCAUGUUACAACAGAUUCUACGAGAAAUGUACAUUGAGCCAGACUUACUGGAUGAGCUCUCAGAAGACCAGAAGCAGAUCUUAUUCUGUAAGAUGAGAGAGGAACAGGUACGGCGCUGGAAAGUUAGAGAAGAGGAAGAAGAGAACAAGCCACCUGAAAAAACAAAGAAAUCUUUCAAACAUGGAAAAGGCUCCAAUAAGAAGCAGACGAGUUUCCUAAAGGGUUCUGAUGGUAAAGACUGGGUCUGGGUAAUGGGGGAACACAAGGAUGACAAGAGUAUAGAACAGAUACUAGAGGAGGAGGCCCAGGAGAGGGCCAUCAAACAGGCAGAGAAGGAGGCUGAGGAGUUAAGACGUAAAGAGGAAAUGGAAUUAAAGAAAGCAUUACAAGAGGAAGAAAAGCUAGCUGAAAACAAUAAGGACAAGGAGGCAGAAAACAAGAGGAAAGAAGAUGAAGCAGAAAUGAUCAAGUCCCUGAAAGAAGCACACAUAGCUGUACAGAAAAGGGAAAAGGACAAAAAGAGCGUAAAGAAACGACACCAUGAAGAUGAGAAGAUGAAAUCUUUAAAGAAAAUUGAUGAAAUCAAAACUAGGCGAAGCAGUGAAAUUUAUUUUCAUUGGAAACAAAAUCGAAACACGCUUCAGAAAGACGCUGAGAAAUCCAGUCAGAUAUUGGAAGAGGAAUGGCGGGAGCAAGAGAAGAGAGUGAAAGAAACCGAGAGAAAAAUGCGAGAAAUUGCUCGAAGGGCCCGCGAAGAACAUAGAAAGUCGUUGUCCGGGAGUGUCAAGGUUAUAGGGGCAGCAAAUGCCUUUAAGUCUUAUAUUCAUAAGAAAGGGCCUGCUCCACCAAUACCAGAAGGCCGACCUUCUAAAGCUCCUAAAGAUAAAAGUGCUGAAGAAAAUGAGCACCAUCCUCUUCCCCCUCGUCCUCGAAAUCGAAACUCUGUCAUCAAAUGGUUCAGGAAAUAUGAGGUGCCCAAGGCCACAGGGUUAGAUCCUCAAACCAAAAAACCAGCUCAGUGGUUCCACGGUUUGAUUGGUCGCGCGGAGGCUGAGGGUUUACUUAAGGAGAAGAAGGCCGGCACUUUUCUGGUUCGUGUCAGCGAGAGGAUCUGGGGCUACACAAUAUCCUACCGCAGCGAGGACCGCUGCAAGCACUUUCUUAUUGACAAGUCAGAUGACAACUACCACUUCUUUGGCUCCAACCAACUGGAACAUACCACUCUAAACGACAUGAUAACCUAUCAUUCUCAUACACCAAUUUCCACAGAAGAGGAAUUGUUAAAACACCCCUGUGGACAACAAGUGGACCCGCCUGAUUACUGUGAUUUGUUUCAUGAUGGGAGGUCAGAGUCUACGACUUUAUAACUACUGUACAAAAACUGUUUUCUUAAAGAAGUGACUGACUGAUUUUUGUGUUCUGUGUGUGUUGCUAUUAAUUUCUGUCAAAUUUCAUUUUGUAAAUCUAGGAUAAUAUGCAUGUGUGAUAUCAGAUUUUAAUUAUGGUUUCUGGUUCUAAUGGCCUUGAGCUGGCAACAGCUGCAUUCCUUUCUAUCAAUAACAUGACACUUUUAUAAGCAUUAACAUUACAUACUUGACUGAAUGGAGAAGCAUUGUGAUUGUAAUGUAUCCUAUAAGUCUUCAUAUAACCAACAACCAAUCGUGUUGGGUUUUACAAUUCUAUGUGCCAGCAGAUAUAUAACUUCCCUCAGAAAAAUUUGCUGUAUUUUUUUAAUUUAUAUUUGAAAAAUAACAUUUUAGAUAUUCUUUACACAGGGGAAUCUUACUAUUUUCUAUUGAAACAGGCUGUUUCAGAUUGUUUUUUUUGCUACGAACAUGUAUGUACAGUUAUCAGUAUGAAAUAUUUGGAAGAAAUGUUUUGUGAUUGAUGAAAUUGUAAACUUGAAUUAAAAAUUUUAAAAUUGUGGUACAUUCAUGCAUUAAUUCAGUUCUUUAAAUAUUUCUCAUGAAACAGUCCCGAUCAGUGAAUCUGCUCAACAUUUUUCACCAAGACUGUUAUACACAAACUGAUAUUCCAUCACAAAUGUAUUAUUCAUUAUAACUAUUUUGCAUUCUGUUUUCCUACACAGCUGUUUAUUUUAUAUGUGUGUUCAUGUUCAAUAUAUUUCAUGUCCCGUUGCAAAUGCAACGUUGCUAAUCUCCGUGCCCGUUAGCACGCCAGUACAGCACAUGGCCCAGGAACCUGCAUGACCCAGGAACCUUUCACCAGUGCGGUUGCUGUGAUUUAAGUCCAACUCAUGCUGGCUUCCUCUCGUGGGAAGGUCUGUCAGCAACCUGCGAAUGGUUGUGGAUUUCCCCCAGGUUUCCUCCCACCAUAAUGCUGGCCACCUUGGAUUAAGUCAAAAAAUUUUGUGUACGGCUUAAAACACCAAUGAAAUAAAAUAAAUAAAUAAAUAAAUAUUUGUAACUACUAGUAUUUGUGGGUGUGGUGGUAUAGACAUGUUGGGCAUGAUCUACCUUCUGAGCAAGAUAUCUCAACUACAUAAUCAGAGUAGUGUUCAAAAACAUUGCCUUAUUUUUUCCAUUUUUACCAGAUAUUAAAUUCAGACAAUUCUCCUGUGUUCCAGUGUAAGCAGGUCAUAUAGUAGCCUAUAUAGGAGCCUGUUUGUCAAUAUUCAUCAUAACCAAAAAAGCCAGGUGGGUGGGCAUAUGUGUUCUGUAGACACCUACCAUAGCAGACUUUUUGCGUGUGUAAACUUUUUCACUUAUUAGUUCAUGAUAUGUAAAAGUGUAGGUUUACAAUGUAUUCUUGUCCGUUUUAAUUUAUGUUCAUACAUUUAUUUGAUUUAUUUAUUUGAUUGGUGUUUUACGCCGUGGAAUAUUUCACUUAUAUGACGGCGGCCAGCAUUAUGGUGGGAGGAAACUGGGCAGAGCCUGGGGAAAACCCACAACCAUCCACAAGUUGCCGACAGACCACACGUACAUGUACAUGCGGAGAAGAGGCCAGCUUUUAUGUUCAUACAUGCGUAUCGUUUACGUUGAUUUCCUCAUUGUUUCUGCAUCUUUUACAUCAUUCUUAGAUUGGAUACAUCUGUCUGCUCUUCUACAAAACGAAUGUUAAUUUGGUACAUCAUUCUUCUAUUCAAAUCUUCUACAGCUUUUCAUAUCCACCUGUGUAAGCUUAGGUUGUACAAAUACAUGUAUGUAGUGUUUGCUCCUACUCUGUUUAUAUUGCAGUGUUCAUAAGCAUGUGUACCUCUGUGCAAAUAAUGGUCCUCUUUUUAGAGUGAAGAUUGCUCCACAUUUUUGACCUUGGGAGGGCCUGUAUUCACAGAGAAUGACGCAGGGUGUUUUACCCACCUACUCCACUACUGGUAUAUUUUGCUACAUGAAAAAAAAGAAAAGAAAAAAGUUCGCGCAGUUUUACCUUCCCAAAAUGUAUAUAUUGGUAAAGAUCUAAAUAUUGACAUCUUCAAAAAGCUUAAAUGGUUAUAUUUAAAUGCAUGCUGAACAGAUUUCCUCAUUUCUCCUUCCACUGUUAUGGGUAGGAAAUAUCAAAUGAUCAUUGAAUGUGUCCCACAAUGUGUUGACCUUAAUAUUAAUGGGUAAAUUAUUCUGCUGUAUCUUGUGCCGAUGAUGCAUCAGCUCUCAGAACAAGGUAUUGGCCCAAGGGUAAAUGAUAAAAGUGAAAGUUUUGUUUAGUGGAGGUACAAAUAAAUUAAUAGUGGAAUUAUCAAUUCUGUCUUUUAUUAGAUGUAUAUGUGGCCGCCAGCUUCAGUCUGAAUAGCCUUCACCUAGUCAGAAUAGGCUGCAGAAAAUGUUUUCUCUGACGUGUUCUAGUGCUUAGUCAGAUCUUGUUUUACUGCAUCUCAUAUGUUCAGGGCAAACUAAAUACCGGAUACUGGUGCAAGCCAAAAUAUUUUUGUAAAUGAAGACUAGCCAUCCCAGUGUAACAAAAUGGUGCUGAUUCUGUGAAUGGUUUAGGUGUCUUGCCUGAGUGAGUGUCCGUUCUACAAGAUAUGGGCACAGUGCAAAAUAUUCAGACAAACACCGUCAAACAACAAAUGUAAAAUCAACAUCAAUUCUUUACUUUUGAAAGAUGGUCUGAGUUGACCUGUUAGAAACCUGUAAACAUUGCAGAAACCGACUGACAAACAAUAACGUGAAAGCAGUGGCCUUGUUUGUAUAUGUAUUAUACGUGUACCUCAUCAGUAACUAUCUAAAAUGGUAUAUCCGUUUAUUGAGAGCUACUCC